AUGAUACAUGAUGAGAAUGAAUUUUUAGCUUUACAUCGUCAAUUAUUAGAUCAAGCAAUUGUUCAUGAACAUAGACGAGCUUUACGCAUUGCCAAAACAAUGUAUUAUAAUAAUUUUCCUCCUAAUAUUGAUUUAUUAGUUAAAGCAAAAUUAUUAAAACGACGAGAACGAGAGAAUUCUAUUAUUCUUCAUGAUAUACAUGAAAAACGUUUUUCACCUUAUAAACGAGCAAUUCAUCAACUAUGGAAUGAUACAUUUCAUAAUACACCAGUUCAAACAACAAAACUUAUCAUUGGUAGUCGAAAUAAUCCAAAUCUUUGCAAAAAGCUUGGUCGUCGAAGUCCCUUUGUCAAAAAUCGAAACUCAUAA